ACAGUGGAGGUCUUCUAUCCUCAUGUGCCGGAGGAGCCCAGUGAGUUCAGCUCCUUUAGUUACAUGCGCCCCUUGACCACACGUGGGGGUUCCAGGCUCUUCCAUGUACUGCUGAGACGUACUUCGACAUCUGAUCGGUAUAUUCACCAUUGGCCAUGCACUUUCUCUGCUGCUGAUUGGAUCUCCUCUAGAGGGUUCGCUGUCUCUGUGACAUCGAUGGCUUCCAGUCCUGGUAUGGAGGAGAAGAGGCCUCAGUUUGGGAAUCGCUUUCUGAAGGAUCCAAGCCAGGUCUUCCAGCACAAUGCAUGGGACAAUGUACAGUGGUCCGAGGAGCAGGAAGCCACAGCUAGAAAGAAGGUUCUUGAAAACAGCAGUCAACCCAUAUCACUAGAGCAGCAAGAGGAGUAUGAAAACAAAGCUAGCAACUUCUGGGAUGACUUUUACACCAUCCAUGAAAACCGAUUCUUCAAAGACAGACAGUGGCUGUUUACAGAGUUUCCUGAGCUGUCCCCCAGUGGUAGGAGUCAUCCAGAUUCUGCUGAAUGUCAAAGAAGUGUCCCUGAUCAAGAAGGACAGGAUGUAAACAAUGACUACCCAGGAUCCUCAGCUUCUUAUCGUAUCUUGGAGGUGGGAUGUGGUGUCGGGAACACGGUCUUCCCAAUAUUACAGACAAAUAAUGACCCUGGCCUGUUUAUAUAUUGCUGUGAUUUCUCUAGCACUGCUGUGGAACUUGUGAAGACUAAUCCUCAGUAUAAUCCAUCACGAUGCUUUGCCUUUGUCCACGACCUAUCAGAUGAAAAUUUGCAGUAUCCCAUUCCUGAGGACAGCUUAGAUGUCAUUGUUCUCAUCUUUGUCCUUUCAGCCAUCCUUCCAAGCAAAAUGCAAGAUGCCAUUUCACGUUUAAGUAGGCUUCUGAAACCUGGUGGCUGCAUCCUGUUGAGGGACUAUGGCCGUUAUGACAUGGCCCAGCUACGAUUUAAGAAAGGGCGAUGUCUGUCUGAAAACUUCUAUGUAAGAGGAGACGGCACAAGGGUCUACUUUUUUACUCAAGAUGAGCUUGGGGAUAUGUUUAAUAAAGCUGGUUUGGAGAAAGCCCAGAAUAUAGUGGAUCGACGGCUGCAAGUUAAUCGAGGCAAACAGCUGACAAUGUAUCGCGUUUGGAUUCAGUGUAAAUACCGCAAGCCAUGCAACUGA